UGGAGCUGUUUUCAACAACAUGACAAUGGAUGUGGACAUGUGUAAUGCAAUUGAGGAGCUAACCCGUCAGCAGGCAAAGAGCAAGAUGUGGCAUAUCUACCGAGCUGGUCGAAUAACUGCAUCCAAGUUCAAAUCAGUAGUGUGUACAGACCCUGCCAUGCCAUCAGCGUAUUUGAUCAAAUCAAUCUGUUAUCCAGCUGCAUACAGCUUCAGUACUGCUGCAACUCGUUGGGGCUGUCAGCACGAGAAAGAUGCAGUUGAAAGCUACACCAAGUGUCAGUCAUCAAACCAUGACAAUCUCCAUGUCAGAGAUGUUGGCUUGUACAUUUGCCUUGACCUCCCCUUUCUAGGGGCAUCCCCCGAUGCACACAUCACCUGCACCUGUUGUGGAGAUGGACUGCUGGAGGUAAAGUGCCCUUUUUGUGUAAAGGACUGUAACAUCAGUGAAGGCUUGACAAGGAAGGACUUCCCUCUUGAGAGUAGCUCAGAUGGAAAGCUGUACCUCAAGCAUAGUCAUCCUUAUUAUUUUCAGGUUCAAGCCCAGUUGUUUGUUUCCAACAAACCCUAUUGCGAUUUUGUUCUUUGGUCUCAAACAAAACCUGAUGCUCCACAUAUUGAGAGAAUAUUCCCCAAUGAUGUGUUUCUUAAGGAAAAUGUUGAAAAAGCAAAACUGUUUUUCAAAGUGGGUAUUUUGCCUGAGCUGCUUGGUAAGUGGUACACAACAUCUAAUGUAGGCGAAGGGAACACCAUUGCUGAGUGCAGUUCACAGACACAAGUAAAUGUUUGUUGUUUUUGUCGUGAGGCAAACACUGGUCAUGGUAUGAUUGAAUGUCAAUCUACUGAAUGCAGAGUAAAAGUAUUUCAUUUAAGAUGUCUUGGAUUAACGGUGCUGCCAAAGACAAAGCGGUAUUUAUGCCCAAAUUGUAAAAAGAUUGAGGUUGCACAAAAACGUACAGCAAAGGUUAAAGAACAGUAAGUAUAUUCAUAAUGGGCAACCAAUAAAAUGAAGGGGAGAAUUUAUAUCAAGGGGAUGGUGUGGGAAUGAGCCUGCAUUAAGUUAUUUUCCGAAGUAAUUUCUGUGGGCAUAAUUUAGAGCUUCAAAUCUGUUAAGAUCAGUUUUAAAACUACAUAGAGUAGCUUUUGCAGUGCAAACAUUAAAUACAUGUACAUGUACACACCCAUAGUUGAGCAGUUAUGGUAGCGUUUGUUUAUGGUGUCAAUCGAGGACACACAUGUGCAACAUCAUCUAUGAAUCAAGGACUCCUCGGUUGGAAAAUGUGUACAGAACCAAUGAAAGCUGUUGCAAAUAAGUUUAGAGUACAAACAAAGGAAAAGGGACGAGGAACAAAAACAAUCCUUGAUUUGCACCAUAAACAAGGGGGUAUGUACAUGUCUGCAUUAAAUGGAGAAAGCUUUGUU